GGUAGGCAGGGCAGGUAAGUGUUACUUUCUUCACUUUACUUUCCUAGCUUGUCCACGACUGAAUUCCGUCAUGAAAGUUACCUACAAGUUUCGCAAAACAAUAUUUCAGUUAUACUGUGGAAUCUCCCCAAAGGUUGACCCCACCUUACCACUAUAACAAAGGCAUUUGUCAGUAAUGCACUAUCAAAUUGGGGGCGGUGGGGUAACCUGGUGGUUAAAGCGUCGACGCCGAAGACCCGGGUUCGACUCCCCACAUGAGUACAAUGUGUGAAGCCCGUUUCUUGUGUUUCCCCGGCGUGAUAUUGCUGGAAUACUGCUAAAAGCGGCGUAAAACUAAACUCAUUCACUAUCAAACUGUGUUGGCAUAUGGCGUUUUCCAGCGUAUCCUGGCACUCGUCACAAACACAUGCGAGGACACGACAACUCUCAUAUACCCAUGUAUACAUACACAUAUAGCAUGACGGCAUAACUCAAAUCAAUAUGUAUAUUGAUUGACCCACUGCAAAGGCUGCAGCAAACAGCUGAUGAAGUGAACUCAUGUCUGUCCUGGUUGCUGCCUCUUUAACAUGUAAAUUAUACAGGUCAAAUUACGUGUGUACGUUUAUAUUAAGGGUAAACAUGUACGUAGAUUUCUAAGAAUUAUAGAGUGACUUACUUCAAUCAGAGUAUUGGAUGUCCUUCGCAAGACCUCUCUGGCUCUGGUAUGCAAUAUAAGUUACUAUUCUAUGAAAUCGUUUUAAGAUUUGUGUUUGUGAAGCUGAUAUAAUUCUUUCUACAUGUCAUCACAGAGACAACGGCGAGUGGUGACAUACGAGCCAGGGAUCUGUUCAAACUCCGGGGCAAUGUCUGAAGCUAGGGGGGCGUACCACGUCGCACCGUCUGGCUUCGAGCCAAACGAACAAUUAGAGUACAGUUCUCAGCAUAUGAAUGCCCAAAAUACACGUCUUUUACGAUCAGAGAAAGGUAGAAAAGGAAAGAUGAAACAUGCCAACCAGUCUUUACAAUCUGACCAAAAGCCAGACAGCUGUAAGAAGCGUCUCUGUAAUCGUCCCCAAAUCGAUAUACGGCGCAUUGUACAAAUCGGGCACAAUAGAAACACAAUUUCUUUUAUUCAAAAGAAAGACUCCAAUGCUAGCGUUAGCAAUACAACUAUUGUACAACUCGGGGACAACAACAUUGUAUAUGUAUACUUAGGUGACAAACUCCCCAUGAACAUACUGCUAGGAGACACGGUCGUCGUGUACGUCCCCCCUGGGUGUGACGGCAGGCCCCGAGUGUUUGUCUGCGAACAGAGAGGACCUGACAACCAGAUUGUCACCCACUGUCGCCACAAGUCGCCACGGAUCUUUGAACGACAGACAUUCGACGACUUCCGGUCACGACACUGUCACGUGAUCAGAUCUGUCCUGCUGCCAGCUGCUUCCGGCUCCAGUAAGAAAGCUGCGGGCGGUCACAAGCCGUUGACUCCCCGGGACUGCGAUGUCGUGACCAUCAAGCAUGGUGGCUCUCAUCGGACUCUCACAAGAAGAAGAGUGAAACCUCAUAGCAGGAAGUACCCGCUUCUUCAUCCCAUCGGGGUCAAGGUCACCAGAAAACUGUGAACCCUGUGUUCCUGAGAAGAGGCAUCUCUUCAACGUUUCGAUUGCUAUUUUCUGCUUAUAUA